AAUAUGCACAGGGAAAAAAGGUGCAACAUGGGGUCUCUUGUUUCUGCAGCUCUGCCCUGAUCAGAUACAAAAAUAGAUGCAUGAUAACAUGAAAGGCACAAUCCUUUAAUGGGGCAGCGCUAGCUCGCUUGCGGGGCAAGCGCUUUGCAAGCGCUGCAUGGGCACACGAUAGCCCUGCAAAGUAGUCGCGUUACACCAUACAAUAUAUAUAAGGAUUUUUGCAGCAAAGAACGCACGCAGAAGGAGGCUGAUCAGCGACAUGAAUAAGGGACAGUUGCUUUGGCCCCUACAUAUCAACGGCACAUCAGUGCACAACAACAUGAUCACUUAGCAAUUCACGGGGCAACAUCACGGAUACGGCUACGACCAGCCGACAACCGCUUCGUCGCUGGUCUCCGGUCGCUUGUGUCGGACCCGUUCCGACCCCUCUCACCCCCGCGGCACACCUCGCCUGUCAUCUCCCUCGUCAACUUCCCUGGCCAGAACCGCGUUGUUGCCAGCGGCAACCUGCCGCCUGAAGACGUUGCCAGAUAGCUUUUCACGGCCCCAAAGGUUCAGGGCUCAAAAGCAUCAGAUUUAUGCUCCAAAAUUCCUGCUCGCUGCCCCGCCCCUGCACGGCGCAUUCCAUGCCCAUGCUGCACGCCCGCUUCCGAACGCGCUGGACCCGCCACCUGUCACCAUGGCUGAUUACAAAGGCGAAAACAGCAUCACCCGGACCGAGAUAGUUACCUCGCGUGGUUGCUCUUCCUCCGGCAGGUGACGUCAGUGGCCAUGUCCUAUGUGUCCGCGUCUCAUUGCCUCAUCGCGUGCGGCUGCGAGGACACCAACCUGCGGCUGUGCGACCCCACCUCUGGUGCCAUCACCCACGUCUUUCACGGACACAGGGACGCCAUCUGGGUAACCGCCUGGGCCACACACGCGGAGUACGAAGUGCUGUCUGGCGACGGCGCAGGGCAGGUGCGUGUGUGGGACGUCCGCCGCGCCGGCUGUCGCGCCGUGUUGGACCAGUAUGCGACGCAGCGGCCGGCGCGUGGGCCGCCCGGCGGCAGCGCGGAGCUGGACGCGCCGCCACCCUUUGUGCCGGCGUCCAAGAAGCAGCGGCGGGGCCUGGGCAGUUUGGCAGGCUCGCUGGCCGGUUCCGCCUCGGCGCCAGCGUUGCUGGCCACAGACGAGCUUCCGCCCGGCAGCCCCGGCGCCGUGGCCGCCGCCGGCCGCAUGAAGGAGUCGGCCCUGCGCGCCCACAGCGGCGGCGUCACGGCGCUGCUGCCCUGCCCCGACGGCCUGAGCCUGCUGACCGCCGGCACCGACGGCCGCAUGCGGCUGUGGGAUGCGGCCAGCCGCACCAACCGGCUGGUGGGGUACGAGGGCACGCACAACCGGGCACUGCGCGCGCGCACGGUUGCGGUCACGGAAGACGCGCGCGUCGUGUUCUACCCCACGGGCUCGUCUAUAAAUGUGUACGAGGUUGACAAUGGGCGCUCGCUGACGGGGUUGCAGGGUGGGCACACGGAAAGCAUCAACUGCGUGCAGUACAACCCCGCAACCGGGGAGCUGUACAGCGGCGCCAAUGACAAGCGGAUUGCUGUGUGGAGCUUUGCCGGUUUAGACACGCCGGUGGAUGACGUGGAGGAUGAAGGCGGUGAAGAAGGCGGCGGGGGCCGGGGUAGACAGGAUGACAGAGGCGGCGGGGGCAUGCGCGGCUACUACUAAUGGUUGAGUGACUCAGUGUGGCUGCGUGGGCAAGCUCUGCCUUGCGUGGGCAAGGUCUGUCUGCGUAUAACCACCAUGCUGUAUUCUUGUAACAUCGCUGCGAA